CUGGAAAUGGUGGUAUGGUUUGUACCGUCUCUGGUGGGCAGUGCAGUGUCCGUGUCGCUAGUGGGCGUCCUCCUGGGGCCCUUCUACCCGAUAGUGAUGAACCACGCUGGGCGCAUACUUCCGCGCUGGCUGCUGACAGGAUGCAUUGGUUGGAUUGCCGGUUCCGGUCAAGCCAGUUCAGCAAUUCUUCCGUUCAUCACCGGAGCCAUAGCGCAAAAGGUGGGAAUUAAGACACUUCAGCCUGUGCUUGUCUCGAUGAUGGUGCUUAUGAUUGUCCUGUGGGUGCUAGUGCCUUAA